AGAGGAUGCCUCGUUCUGUGACGUCACGUGGUGGCUGCUCGGCAGGCAGCAGAGUCUGUGAUCCGGACAGAGAGCAGCUGAAGACACGCCGAGCGGACAAAUCAUUAUCUCGUCAUGUUGACUCUGCUGCGCCCCCUGCUGGCCGUGUGGCUGUACAUGCUGCCCUGGGGACAGAGUUACUAUAACGGCUUCCACUACCAGGACAUCAGCAACGGCAACGGCAACUCAGAGAUCUACUUCAACGGAGUGCGUCUCCACGUGGAAUCCCCGCAGCCUUUGGUGUCGGCCACCAGAGGGAGCAGCGUCAUCCUUCCCUGUCAGUACCACUAUGAGCCUGAGCUCACCGCCCCGCGCAGGACCCGUGUCAAAUGGUCCUGGUUGCCUGCCAACAGCAUCAGUGCACCUGCUUCCCCUGCAGCAUUCACCCGGGAGACUGAGGUUAUGGUUGCCAUGGGCAAUCGUCACCGCAGCUACGGCAGCUUCCGAGGACGUGUUCGCCUGCGUCGCUCAGCUCCAGGAGACAUGUCCCUCGUGAUCAAUGAGCUGCAACUCAAUGACAUAGGGCAGUACCGCUGUGAGGUGAUUGAUGGCCUGGAGGAUGAGAGCGUGACGGUGGAGCUGGAGCUGAGGGGCAUAGUCUUCCCCUACCACUCCCAGAAAGGACGCUACCACUUUAACUUCCUGGAGGCCCAACAAGCGUGUGAGGAGCAGGAUGCCACUCUGGCUACGUUUGAGCAGCUCUUCACGUCGUGGGAGGAGGGGUUAGAUUGGUGUAACGCCGGCUGGCUGGCUGAUGGCACGGUGCAGUACCCCAUUACAGUCCCACGUAGGGGCUGUGGGGGCACAGACUUGGCUGCCGGUGUUCGCAGCUACGGGCAGCGCCAUCUUCUCCUUCACCGCUAUGAUGCUUUCUGCUUCUCUGCUUCUAUUAAAGGAUCGGUUUACUUCCUAAAAAGCCCGGACAUGCUCAACUUCACAGAGGCAGUCCAGGCGUGUGUCAGUGAUGGCAGCCAUAUCGCCAAAGUAGGCCAGCUGUAUGCCGCCUGGAGGCUGAUGGGAUUGGACCGCUGUGAUGCUGGCUGGUUGGCUGACGGGAGUGUCCGUUACCCCAUCACAAGGGCCAGGGUUAACUGUGGCCCCCCAGAACCAGGGGUGCGAAGUUUUGGGUUCCCCUCUCUUUACCAGAAAUUUGGAGUAUACUGUUAUCGAUAAACUUUGCUUUGACUCAAUGGACUGAAAUGAUUUAUUCCAAAAAAUUCAAAGCUCUACUCCAACA